AUGCCACUGCCGCCAACCUCGCCAACAUCACAAGAAAGUGAAGCCUCUCCCAGCCGAGCGUUUCCUCAAAGCUCAAGCGAAUAUGUGUGCUAUGGAAAAGACUUCAAGCCUUUCUUGCCCCACAUUCUGUGCCUCUCGAUUGUGACCGGGGCGGCAUUCAUGACAUUUGUGCAAGUCCCCAUGCUUUGCAGCAUGAAGUCGGUGGCACAGGCUCCUUUCAUCGCUGUUGAACUGGCUCUUCACGCCAUGGCACUGGGACUUAUGGCUUAUUGUGGUUACAGCGACCCAGGGCAACUCAGGAAGACACGAGAUCUCGAGCUUGGUCAAAGCGGAGAAGACAUCGAGAGCGGACGUGGCCCCAAGAGAUCCCACAAGUCGUUUCAGUACAAUCGCCGGAUUCGGCGCUACGACCACUACUGCAAGUGGGUUAACUUUGCGAUUGGGCUACUUAACCACAGAGAGUUUGUGGUAUUGUUGUUUGCCCUGUGCCUCAUCGAGGCGUCUUCUCUGGCAUUCGACGCUUACCUGGCCUUGCUCUUGGCGCAGAAGGGUUUCUGGAAAGCAGAAAUCGGUGUCUUGUCGCAUUUUGCGUUUGCAGUGAUACUCCUGUAUAUCCUGGGCUUUGGUGUGGAAACUUUAAUACUUUUUAAUUGUAUGUGA